AUGUCUACCUCGCGAGCUGUUCUACGAUCUCCGUUACUGGAUCGCAUUAUCCGCGUGGAUCAUGCGGGUGAGUUGGGAGCAAAGCGAAUAUACCAGGGUCAAUUGCUAGUUCUGGGCAGAUCAAAUGUUGGCCCGGUAAUCAAGGAAAUGCAAGAACAGGAAGCAGUUCAUUUGAAGAAAUUCGAAGAGCUUAUCCCGAAACACCGUGUUCGACCCACGGCUCUCCUACCGUUGUGGAAUGUGGCCGGAUUUGCUUUGGGCGUCGGGACUGCCCUGUUGGGCAAGCGAGCUGCCAUGGCCUGUACAGUGGCUGUGGAGUCAGUCAUUUCCGAGCACUAUAACGAUCAAAUNCGAUCAAAUUCGCCAGCUCAUAGAAGCAGAACCGGAACAACACAAGGAGCUGAUGCAGGUCUGUUUCAUCCCCCCCCCCAAGGGUAA